AUGAGUGAAGCAGUUGAUAAAGCGCAGUCCAAAGAUGGUGCCAACGGUACAUCUCAGAACGGUAACAAUGUAACAAAGCUUCAAAUGAAUACGCUACUGUUGUCUGAAGCAGCCUUAGAUACCCCAUCAUUCAGAGCAACAGUUAACUUUUUUGAUGGGAGGGUGAAAUAUUUAAGUGACUGGUCAUCUGAAACUGCUUUGACCUUACAAAAUAAAUAUAGACCAGCAUUGUCAGAGUUUAUGAAAGUUCAAAAUGGGCUAUUACACCAACUACUACCAGACCCGAAUAUGGUAGCCAAUGGUAUGCUUAUCAACCAAGCUUUUACACCUACUCUUAUUGACUCAUUUAAUAAGGAUUUUAACAAAUUAGCGGUCGGUUUGCUUUCCAUAAUCUUAGGAAAUGAUACCUCUUGUUCUAAAGUUUUGAAUUUACUGAAUGGCUUGAAAAAGAAAGCUAUCGCUCCAUAUGUGGACAAGAAGAAUACAUUUGACUAUUUCCAACAAAAGUACGACUCUGCCCAUGCGAGAUAUUCGGCAAUCGAACCUACAAAAGUCGUAGCCAAUAGUACUAAUAUUGAUGCUACAUCUGUUAACAGCAGUCCUAUCCCAAAUGGUACUAGCACUGUAUUAGAAGUGGAUCCUUCCUUUUUAAGAGAUGAACACAAUCAGCUAUUCGAAAGCAGAAAGGAGUAUUUAAAGAGCUCUUUGGAUUUAGUGGCAGCCAUGUCACAGUUAAAAUUUAAGUUGGACAAAAUGCUAGUGGAUCUCAUAGAUGAACUAAUUUCAGAAAGUACAAUUACCGUUAAUGAUGAAUCGUUGAAUGUUGACGGUAUGGAAUUAGGUAGGAAAACAAUUGAGCUUUCACCUAAUAUUUCUAACUACUUGAAGGACUAUAAAUCAUGGGUUGAGGAUGUUAUUGAAUCAUCUUCCUUUCUUGAGACUAACAUGGAUAAAACGAUAGUUUCGACUUAUACCAGAACGGUAAAGUCAAUUGCACCGCCAAAAGAUCUUCAAAAUUAUAAUAAAGCACUGGCGGAAAAAACGAUAGCACAUAUAGUAAGUCCAAAGUUAGGUACUCCCCAAAAACGACCCGUAUCUGUACCAGUUACUAUGCCCUCGAAAUCUGGUUGGCUUUAUAUGAAAACAUAUAGUAGUAGUAAUCCAAGAAAGGAAAUCUGGGUUAAAAGAUGGUGCUUUCUUCAAGGUACCGUGUUUGGCAUGUUUUCCUUAUCUCAAAGUAAAACAUUUGUUGAGGAAAGUGACAAGUUCGGUAUAUUUUUAACUAGUGUUCGCUUCUUGCCCAACUAUACCAGAAAUUUUUGUUUUGAACUUAAAAUAAUCGGUAGGGACAAACCUGAAUCGGAUUUGAUUGAAAGAUCGAAAGAUAUAAAUAUCAUCUAUCAGGCUGAUGAUUUGGCAGAAUUAAAGUCUUGGAUUGUCGCCUUUCAUGACUCUAAGAAAUAUAUAAUGGCGCAAGACCAGAAGGGUUUACAAUACGAGGUUGCUUUCAAAAGGUUCUCACCACAAUAUUAUGAAUUUGCAUCUAAUGCUGGCACAGUGGUAGAUACAUUAUUAACCACCAGCCAUAAUGAUACCUUGGGUUCUAGAGAUGGAACUAUUAACUUGAAAGACUCCAUAAAGGCUCUAUUGUCCAGUGAAGAACUCAAAUUGGUUCAAGAUAAUAAAACCUUUUUAUUCGAAUUUAUUGGGACACCAAUUGCAACCGAGAAUACUGGGUUAGCAAUGUUAUCUAAUUUGAUGUCGGAUAACCACAGCUUCCCGGAUGCUAUUACCGCCAAUAUUUGGGGUACUUCAUCUUGGAACGAUGUAUCCCAUAUGAUAGAUGAACAAAAAGAAAAACCUGAUAUUCUUAAAUCACUACCUCCUUUACACCAAACCCUUGCCGACAUCAAAUACCCAAACUAUUAUUCUAGAAGUUUGAAGGUUGCUGAUGUUCAAUUUAGAACCAUAUUCUAUUCAAAUAAUAAACACUCUUAUUCUCUUCCAAAACGAUUUCUACUGUUAAGGUUUGGUUCCAUAUGGAAGCCUAACAAGAAGCAAAAGUUUGCUGCCAUAUGUUAUGCAUCCAAGGACUAUUUUCAUGUAUAUAUGAACUGUUCUGGGUUUACAUAUCUAGCAAGGCAAGACUUGAAUGAGAUUUGUGACGUCGAAUAUAGCAAAUCUGAAGAGACGAUUCAUUUGAUAAGACACGAUGGUAUCAAGUAUGAUCUUAAUGCCUAUUUUACUGAUCCCAAGUCAAUAACUGCUAAGUUAAAAUUCCUAAUUGAGAACCGAAUCAGUGAUAACCCGAAGAAUGAAGGUGACAUUUUAGUUAAGUUUAAACAGAUCGACCAGGCAUUUGCUCAGAAAUCCACUAAUGCAAAAUUAAAGUCAUACAUGGGGCUGAACUCAGUGCAAGAUUCAUUGGAACAACAAUCAUUAUCAAAAUUAAACUCUUCUCUCUGGACAAUUAAAGGUACCACUGCAGAUCUCUUAAAAAGGAAGUUUCAACUACAGAAAGAGUAUUCUGCAUCCUAUAAGCAUAUUUAUCCAGUUCCAUGUAAGGGGUUGGUACAUUUACUUUUUGGUCAAAGAUCAGAUGCCUUUCCAAGGGCAUUCUUUCUAGCACGUAAAGGGAGCGAUUAUAACAUCACCCAGUAUUGGGCUCAGAGACAACUUCCUGAUGGGACUACUCAAUUAGUAAGAAAAUUACAAUUUCAGGUUAAUCGUACCUCCAGUUUUGUACCUGAAUCACCUCAUGACAAAGAGGAAUAUUUAGCACAACAAGUUACUGUUGAACAAGUGAUGGUUAAGAUGAUUGAUAAUUGUUAUUACGAAAUUGAUCAAGACCCAAUAAUAAUUCAAUUCCCUUUUGCAAAGCCUAUUAAACUAAGUCUGAAAUACAUAAUUAGUGAAAGGAGCGACCAUGAUGCCGAUAUGGCAUCUCGCUUAAUGCUUUCAAGCAAUUAUGCUGAUUUUAUUACCUAUUAUAAGGUUGAAUUUAUUAAAGAUAUUAAUCAUGAGAGUGAAAUUGCGUAUGAUCAGAGUAUUUGGGAACAAUUUAUUUAUUGUUGGGUACUGCAGUCCACUAAGUAUGAAUUUAAUACUAUCAAGAGUGUCAUUGAUGGUUACCUAGGCAAAAUUGGUAGUCAUGGGAAAUUAACAAAGGCCAUAAAGAUGGGUGGCAGACUUGGUAUAUCUGAUACAAUUGAAACUCAACCUUCUGUAUCAGAAAAGAAUAAUAAAAAUGUUGAAACUCCACAUAGGAUUCAGAUUCAGUAUACUUUUACUCUAUUACUAAAAGUGAUUAUCAAAAUGAUUGUCUUUAGGGCUACUAAUUUCUGUUUCUUAAUUUUCCGAUUAUUUUUGAUAUUAAUUCACUUCGGUGCUACUACUAUGAAAAAAAUCAACAAAAUACUUUUAGCGGUUUUAGUGAUAUCCGCUUUAUCGAAUGUAUUUUUGCUUGGAAGAUCUACUGUUAACUACUGGUCCGUUAGAAGAGCUGAACAUUCUUUUAAACAACAUAUGGCUUCGACAGAUGGAUCCACAAUGCAAAGAGCCUUGUAUGUUAAAGAUUUGGAUCUUCUAACUAAUCAUUUAGUGACAGGGUUCGAUAAUGUUGCAUUCAAGAAAUUCAACGAAGAAAAUUACAACAACCAAUUAAAUAAUUUCAAGUACAAGGACACUAGACGCGAGAUUGCGAUAAGAAGAAACGAACUGCUAGUUGAGUUGAAGAUCAUGCAAAAUAUGGAGAAAGAACUGGUAAAAGGGGAUUAUAGACUAUUCCUCAUUGAAGAACUAAACAAAUGUGAAUCUGUUUCAGUGGAAAUGCCAGAUAUUUGGAACACUGACAAAAAAUUGCAAGAAUAUUGUUCCGUAUGUAAAUCGGAAUUCACGAACAUGAAUAUACUUUGA